CUGGGGUUAGUGUGAGAGCCACGCGCUGAGAGGAUGGCACGCGCGUGUAGAGGUCUUCGGGUGGGUGAAGAGGGCGGGGGAGGGUGCUGGCGGAGAGCAGCUCGCUGCAGAAAGAGGCAGGUUGGUCGACGCGUAGCGCGAACACACCUGCACCGCCGGCGCUAAUCCCAACAAGGCCUCUUUCGGCAACAGCGCGACCUCUUCUCUUCCUCCGUCUCCCACCAUGCCUCGCAGACCAAAGGUGCCCCUCGGGCCCUCGCGCCUCUCAAAGGUCCUCGCCAUGCUCAAGAAGGAGCCCCGCCCCCAGCUCGACACCAUCAAGAGUCUCAAGCUCACGCUGGCGUUCCGAAAUGACCACUUCGGGGCGAGGCAUUUCGUCAAGGAGGAUUUGCGUCGGAUACGCUAUGUGAACCCAAGCAUGGAUAUCCAAGUGAACAAGAUUCCCAAGACUCCAGAAGAGCAAUGGCCUCCGGAGAUGCAGGUCGAGUUCCACAAUGGAACAACACAAUCAAUCAACAUGGACAAGAAGUGGUCCUCGGCCAUCUUCCAGGAGCUCAUGGACAUGGCGGGUGGUACUCCUUGGCAGCGGUGGAAGAAGCAGAGGGCAGCGGCCGGUCUACCCGUCAUCGACCCCCCUACCCCGAAGGCUCCCAAGCCGGCAAAAUCCAUCGAGGAUCUCUUCCUUGACCCCAAUCGGCCACAGACCGGUGCUGCCGCUGUCCUUCCAUAGUAUCCGACUUGUUCGCCCGUUUAUGCUACAGAGUCAUCGGUAAUAGAGUCCAUUGCAUGCAAGGU